GUGUGGGACUCGGGGUUGAAUCAGCUCAGCAGAACACAAUUCGAUUCACUGGGUGUGUGAGUCUCGACCCUUGCUCGCCACGCGCCAUGGCUCUCGUUUUCUUGAGCUCUUCGCAGAUGCGAUGUUUGCUUCUCAUCGUGGCAUCGCUUUGCGUUGUCUCCGCUGUUAGAGGUGAUGGAGGAACCGAAGCAGGAGCAAUAUUGCGGGGAUCUCCGUCCAGAAAACUCCUCCAAACAGUAACAGUUUGCCCCAUCGACUUCUCCGCGCAGGAUUACAGCGCCGUGACUACGGUCUGCGAAUCCACCCGUCCCAACCUGACGCGAUGCUGCGACGCAUUCACAACUUACGCGUGCGCAUACGCGGAGUAUAUCAAUAACCCAACAACAAACUGUUGGAGGAAUCUGAUCACGUACCUCACUCUGGCUGGAAACUAUCCCGAGCAGUUGUUCCAGAGUUGCAUGAAAACGAAUCUUUGCAUCGCCCCCAGCCCAGUGCCGAUGCCAGCGCAUCUCGUCGGCCCAGGUGGUGAUCCAUGAGCACCAUCAGAAACGACAGCAAAAAUAAAUGUAAUCCAUGGGCGAUGGAGGCUACGGGAUUAAUCUGAGUGCAUCAAGUCGAGCGGCAUCGACUUGAUGUUACAACAUGUGAGAAGGCCGUUGUGUUUGGGAUUUCGUUUUCUUCAUGGUUUGCAGAUCACGGUUGCAAUGUGGUUGUCGGAAACAAAUCCAAUCACAUGAACCUGAUGCGGAGUGUGCAGUUUCGCUCUCUGUAAUAAACAACGAUCAUUGGUUAUGCAAAUAAGGUGCAUUAGAAUUGGAUUUCCCUCAUUCUUUUUCUGUAGGACUGGAAUCAUAAAACCUUCGAAAUGGUGCUGUUUCAAUUUGGUUUUGUAUGCAUCGUUGCAACAAGUUGUGUGUGGCUGUUAGUGGAUGCUCUGGAUUUUGAACUUUUGAAAGCCAUUAUUAUUUA